AUGGCUAGUCUUCCAAGAUCAGAAGUAUCAUUCAGAAGAUCAGGUUCAUCUGGUCUUGUUUGGGAUGAUAGAUUCUUAUCAGCUGAAUUAAACAAAUUCAAUCCAGAACAACAGCAUCAACAACAACGCAAAAGUACUUCUACUACUACCGAAGAUAAUAAUAGAAGCCGCUGCACCGGCGCUGGCGGAGGAUACCGCACCGGAAAAGUCUCCCCGCCGGCAAUCGAUCCACCGUCUCCGAAACUCUCUGUGUGCGGGUUCUGUGGUCCUUUUGCGGAAAAGAGUCGACAGUCAAAGCCCGGACCGCGUCGAUUGAGAUAGG